CUUCUACGAGCACGGUGUGAACGACGCACGUGCACAAUUCCUUGCAGUAGCCAAGGCACUACCGCGCGAAUUUAACAGGUUUCUUUGCAUUUACCCAUCAUCUAAUUAAACUGUAAAAAGGAAUGGAUACUAAGGAAUUGGAGAAUUUUUUUAGCGAUCCUAUGGUUUCAGCUCAUAUUGAAUCAUUCAUGGAUGCUCAUUGUUCUAGUAAUUAUAAAACUUGAUCAAAUACGCUUUUAACAUUAUAAUAAUAACAGUAUUCACAUGUGAAAAAGAAAUUCAUUCUGAACAUUAUGCAACACACAAAGAAUUUUCAGAAAUGAUGAAAAGUCUAUUAAAUAGCUCAUCAAUUGAUUACAAUCAGAUUCAGGAAAUGUAUACAACUUAUAAAAUAACUGAAGAUGAUCCUUCUUUUAGUUCAAUCUCUUAUAUAAUUGCAUUAUGGAAUUUUGAAUUAUUUUAUCAAUUAAUGACUUUGGUAAAUGUUGAUUUACAAUUAGAGGCAUUACAUUAUAUUCAACAGAAGUAUGGUAAUCAAUUCAUACAAACGUAUUCAAACAACAAUAAUCAUGAUUCCUUGGUUAAUAAUUCUACUGAAAUAAAUAAAAAUGAACUAACUGAUAUGUUGUUAGAAAAAUCUCAACAGAAAAAUGGAAUGGUGAAGACAAUCAAAGAAACAAUUCAAAGUGAACUUUGUAAAAAUCAACAUAAUCAGAACGAUGGACAAUUAUUAAUAGAGAGUGAUUCUAAUACUUUUCGUGAUAUACCUACAAAAAAUCUCACUAACUCUACAAUUCCUCAUGAAAUAAAACUAACUCCUUCUGAUACUGUGACACCAUCAUCAUCAGCAUCAUGGAAUCACAUAUUGAAUUUCAAUAACUCUGAAACCAUUCAUCAGCAAAAAUAUGACAAUACUUUAAGACCAACUAAAGAUGAAUUAGUUGAAAAGCAGGCAUUUCUAAGAAAACAACGUGAUCUACUGAUCGAAAUGCGUCAGAAAAAGCGUGAAAAGCUAUUUUCUGAUCAUGUACAAACUUUAACAGAUAACAGUUUUGUAUAUACUAAUAAUAGAGACCGUAAUUCAAUCGAUAAGGAAGAACAUGAUAAAGUUAUGGAGAAACGUCGUAAGUUAUAUGAAAAACUAAAGAUUGAAGUGAUUAACAAAAGUGGUUUUGAUCAGACGGAAAAAUAAAUUGGUCUAAUUUCCUUGAUUUUAUGGUAAUCGAUCGAAUAUUGGAUGGAUGUACAUAUACAUUUUUGAACAAUAAAUGUAUAGCUAUAAAACAGUGAAUGUGAAUAUCAGAAGUUUCAAUUGGAUCUUGGGAAGGAAUCUAGAUUGUGAGGAAAUUUCCACCGAAGAAGAUUGAAAUGGUUUAUGUGGAUCCCAGUUUGUUUGCGUUUUCACGCACCAUUCUCUUAUAAAUGCACGAUAUGUAGAAACACUGAUUCCUAUCAUUUCAAUUGCAUCAUUGUUGUUUGAAAUCCUAAUGUAAUGUUUACAUAUGACACCUCACUGUAUAAUUUUACCAAAACUAAAAUAUUUGAUUAUUCUCUAAGAAAUGUAUGUAUCAUCAAAAUAAUAUGUCAAGGAGUUUACAAUAAUAAAUAUCGUUACAGCAGUAG